AUGUACUUCUCCUCGCUCCUCUUCCUGGGCCUCGCGGCCACCGCGUCGGCCAUCGACGUCAGAGGUCACUACGGCGGCACCUGCGACGGUGCCUAUGUGGGCUGCGCGAACAUCAACCCCAACGUGUGCUGCGUUAUCAGCGGCUCCGCCAGCAGCGGCAGGACCAGCGUUUCUGUGGCUGCCAUCCCGGGCGACUGGCGUAUUCGCACUCAGGCUUACACGGGCGGCGGCUGCUCAUCCCUCGCGGGUCAGCUCGACUCGAACGGCAACACGUUCGUCUGCCUGUCGUACAGCUCGCGCGGUGACCGCACGGGAGGUCAAUACUGGUUCGUCGGCCGCAAGCGCGCCGACGACAACUCGUGCCCCGCCGAGCAGCCCGGUGGCGGAAAGUGCGAAGCCGUCGCCAAGCCCGAUACCCUCGGACUCGCGGACGGCACCGAGUACAACAUCACCGGCCUGUCGGAUGAGAAGCUGCAGGAGUUGGAGAAGAUUGCCACCACCGGCGCCGGUGCCGACGCCGUGCCCGCCGAGUUCCAGACUCUGCGCCGCUAG